CAUUUCAGUUCAUCUAUCGAUUUCUAGGUAAACCAACUAUAAACCAACUCCGGUUUAAGAUAAGACCAAACAAAGGCAGUUUCGUAAUAAUAUAACAAAUCAUGUCCACGUAAUCAAGUGAGUCAUAACGUCAAGAUUCUCAACUUCUUUCUAUAAAUUGCUUUUGUUCCACAUAGAGAAUCAUCACUCCAAUUUCUUAACCUGUGACAUGAUCUAUAAAUAUCCUCAAAUAUUAGCCUCUCUAAGAAUCAGUUCCAUACAUAAAUCUUUUUAAGAUUAAAACCUCAAAAGUUUUUUUUGAUAAAAGGAAGAGAAGUGAUCACGUGUGGUGACGCGUAGGAUAUGAAAUACUUGUUGGAGCUCGUCGUGCCUUGUUUUGGUUCGCAACAGUUCCAAGAAUCCGCCGCAACCGCAGAAGAUUCGGUUUCAGACGAAACGCAAACGCUAAUGAAACAGCGGAGGCGACGGAAACGCGUUAGAGUGGCUGGUCAACCUGGACAAGUGGCAGAGUGGAGACCGUCACUUAGCGUUAUCUCUGAGAACAAACCGGCAAUAACGAAGAUAUCGGAAAAGGACGAAGAAAAGAAGAAAGUUCGUCGGAAAAGUGAAGGCAACGGCGGCGGUGACGCGUCGUCGCUAUCCGGCGGUGGUCAUGUUCGUUUCUGUAGUGACGAUUUCGGGAGAAAUGCUUUUGAACCUGUGAUUCCGGCAUUCUCACCGACUCCGUUCAUGUUUUGAGUUUAAGUUUGUGGUGAAAUUUAUGUGUAUAUACUAUAUAUAUAUUAAUAAAUAUGUUAAUGUUAAUGGAAAGAUGUAUCAUUAAUGUAUAUAUUUCUUUGAUAUUACUAGUUACUACCACCGA